CACACCUGUUUCCAGAAGGUCGUCACUUCAUAGUGAAGCUGUCCUACACGACAUACAUUGAGAGGAGCUGAACGCAGCCCAAAAACAACAUCAGGGAAAAGCAAAGCACAGACAAGAGGUGUACGAUGUCAUUUCCUGGUGAAUUCCUGUCAGAGGAGCAGUUCACCUGUUCCAUAUGUCUCGACAUCUUCACCAAUCCCGUCUCCACGCCCUGCGGCCACAGCUUCUGCUCCUCGUGCAUUUCCUCCUACUGGGAGGGCCAAGGAAAGACUUGCUUCUGCCCUCUGUGCAAAGAAAGCUUCCGUAAGCGCCCCGAGCUCCACGUCAAUCACACGCUCAAGGAGAUCACGGAGCAGUUCAAGCGGAUGGCCGAGACCACAGUGAGCGUGCCUAAAACUGCAACAACAGAUUCACCUCCAAACCCAUUCUCUGCCCAGAAGCCUGGAGUGCAGCAAAGACCGGUUGAGCUGCCUAAAGGCCUGUUCCAGGAGAUGAAGACCCGCAUGCAGAGAUCUUCAUCAACAUCCUCAUCCAAUGAGCCUUUAGCAUCCGGCGAUCCUCAGUCCCUCCCCAAUGUCAAAAUGCCGAGACGAAACUUUAGCGUGACCGCAGCGGGAUCCAACGGGCCGCAGUGUCCCAAUCACGGCUACAGUUUGGAGCUGCUCUGCAAGACUGACCUGAUGUGUAUUUGCGCAGUGUGUGCAGAGAGCGAACAUUACGGCCAUACUGUGACGGAGGCCAAGAGAGAGAUGAAUAUUCGGAAGUCUCAGUUGCGGAUCCUGGAGGUGGAGCUUCAAGGAUUGAUAACAGUCAGAGAGAGAAAAAUAGAGGAGAUCCAGACAUCACUUGCUGAAAUUCAAGUGAAUGCGGAACGAGAGAAAGCAGGCACCAUCAGUAUGUUUGCUGAAUUAAUGAAAUCGGUUGAGAAGUCGCAGGCUGAACUGCUGGAGGUGGUGGAGAUGGGACAGCGGGCCGCCGAACUGCGGUCUCAGGCCUUCAUUCGUGAGGUGCAGACAGAGAUCUCAGACCUGAAAAACAGAUGCAGCACCAUAAAUCAGCUGACCCAAUCCCAAGACCAUCUUACUUUCUUCAAGACAUUUUCCGCCCACACUAGUUUACCAGUGAUGAAGAGCUGGGCAGAGGUGGCUCUGACUCCUGACCCCACGGCAGGCGUGGUGCUAAGAAACGUCUCUCAGAUGGUGGAGGAGGUUCGACAAGGCCUGAGGAGACUCUCGGAGAUCUGUUUGCACCCUUCCACAGAAAGAUCGCUGGGAGUGUAUCAACAAAGUGUGUGGAGAGCACCAGGAUUUGCAAUGGACGUGACCCUAGACAAAGACUCGGCUCACCCCCGUCUGGUCAUCUCGGAGGAUGGGAAGCAGGUGCUGUGCAGUGACCGAUACCAGAAUGUGCCAGACACACUCGAGCGAUUCGACCGUGUGGUGUGUGUUCUGGGCCGCCAAGGUAUCAACUCCGGCUGCCAUUACUGGGAGGUCCUGGUGAGUGACAAGACGGACUGGGAUUUGGGCAUUGCUGCUCGCACCAUCAACAGGAAAGGCAAAAUAGCCGCCAACCCUGCUAAUGGAUUCUGGUUCUUAAGUCUACGUGACAAGCAAGAUUAUGUCUUCCGCACAGAGCCAUCGACACCUAUAAUCGUAAAUCCAAAACCGCAGCGGAUCACUGUCAGUGUGGACUAUGAGAGAGGCCAGUUGUCUUUUUAUAAUGCAGAUACAAAGACGUUGAUAUUUACUUACACAGACUCCUUUUCAGAGACUCUAUAUCCUUUCUUUAGCCCGUGCACCAACAAAUCUGGCAAAAACGAAGCACCACUUAUUAUUUGUCCUCCUUUUGUGGCUGACCCAAGCUGGUUAGAAUAGUGGGACGGAAACUGUUUUGCUCAGGGUUUAUUAGUUCUUGACUUUUUUAUAUCAAAUUACGAACAAUGAUGUAGUUUAAGUUACACUUCAUGUGAUCAUUUCAUCAUCUCAA